AUGGCAUUCAGAGAUCCGACAUUGGCUCUACCCAGAAUACUAUGUAUCCACGGUGGAGGCGUCAACUCGGCGAUUUUCAAAGCACAACUGCGGGCAUUUCUGAACCACGACCGACUAAAGAAUCGCUUUCGGUUCGUCUUCGUGGACGCACCAUUCUUCUGUGAUGAAGGCGUCGGUGUCCACCCAGUCUACUCCGACUGUGGACCCUUCCGGCGCUGGUUCCGCUGGCUCGACACACAUCCUGAAAUCGAUCCGGGGGCGUGUGCCUAUGAGCUCGAGUACACGAUCGAGCGCUGCAUGGAAAGCGACGAAGGGACCGGUGAAUGGGUCGCUCUCCUAGGGUUUAGCCAGGGCGCGAAACUAGCGGCAAGCAUGCUGUAUGAGCAACAACUCCAGGGCAAAGACGGACCGUGGCGGUUUGCGGUGAUCCUGGCGGGACGAGCGCCGAUGGUCAGCCUCAACGACGAGUCCGAGCAAUUUCCCUGGAUGCAGUCCGCGGGCGGCUUGCCUGAUGCGGCGGACCUGGACAGUAUCUUCGAGCGGCCGGAUAUGAAAUUGAAGAUACCCACCCUUCAUGUGCACGGGCUGAGGGAUGAAGGGCUGCACUUGCAUCGACGGCUCGUCGAGGAUUACUGUGCCGCUGGCACAACGACGCUUGUGGAAUGGGACGGACCACACCGGAUCCCGAUCAAGAAGAAUGACGUUGACAGAAUUGUCACUGCUUGGGUCGAGCUUGCUGAUGAGUACGGGAUAUGA